AUGAGUGAAGGCCUGGAACAGCCUCAGCAUGACACCAAUGCUUUACUCACAGGCAACGGAGGACAGGAAGGUGCAGCCACACUGAGGACUAUAGAGACGGGUUCGGGGAAGACGUACACCAUGGGAACUGGCUUCGACGUCAACAUCGGAGAGGACGAGCUGGGCAUCAUUCCCCGGGCCGUGAACCACCUGUUCAGAGGAAUCGAGGAGCGCAGACAGGCCGCCACUGAGCAGGGCAGGCCUGUUCCUGAAUUCAAGAUCAAUGCACAGUUCCUGGAGAUGAUUCAGUGUCUGAAGCUGGGCGCUCUGUCUCGCACCACCGCCAGCACCCAGAUGAACGUCCAGAGUUCACGCUCCCAUGCCAUCUUCACCAUCCACUUGUGCCAAGUGCGAGUCUGCUCCCCUGACAACAACGAUAACGCGACGGAUAACCGUCUGGCUAACGACUCAGAGAUCGAUGAGUUUGAGACUCUGACAGCCAAGUUCCACUUUGUGGACCUGGCGGGUUCUGAGAGAUUAAAGAGAACUGGAGCUACAGGAGACAGAGCGAAAGAGGGCAUCUCCAUCAACUGUGGGCUGCUCGCCCUGGGAAAUGUCAUCAGUGCUCUUGGAGACAGGAGUAAGCGCUCCACUCACGUGCCUUACAGAGACUCCAAACUGACCCGGCUGUUACAGGACUCACUAGGUGGCAACAGUCAAACUGUGAUGAUCGCCUGCAUCAGCCCGUCAGACAGGGACUUCAUGGAGACCUUGAACACACUAAAAUACGCCAACCGGGCACGGAACAUCAAGAACAAGGUGAUGGUGAACCAGGAUAGGGCCAGCCAGCAGAUCAGCGCCCUGAGGACAGAGAUAGCACGACUGCAGAUGGAGCUGAUGGAGUACAAGACUGUAAGAGCGCGGCACAGGGAAGAGACCCAGAAGGAUUGGAAGAAUCUCAGUGACAACCAGGAAGAGCUUGAGGAGGGGGCGGAGUGA